AUGCAGGCUGAGGAGCUCAAGGAGCUACAUGGAGAUCCUUGUAACUUGGAAAGUGCUUACGUGUCUGAUCAGAGCGGUCACCUUCAAGAACAUGGGCUGUUUGUCAAAGUCAGUCAGUGUCUGGCCAACCAGGCUCAGCGUGCAAUCGACGGUAAUCCCAUCGCCAAAUCUGGUACCCAAUAUGAUCUUGAAUUAAUGCAACUCUUUGUUGCACUUCGAGGGUAUGAAAAAAAGAUUAAAGCUCAGCGCUCAAUACAGCCUCAUUGGCCAGGUCAUACCAACGAUUUGCAAGCGCCGACUACGUUGAAAGGCAAGUUGACACACUGCACGCUAUUUGGGUCACAUAUUUUGGGUGGCAUGAAGUCGCUCAGCAAGUAUGAGGUAUCUGAGCGCGAUGAUAUUGACUGGAUCAUUCGUGAAGUGGUCGACGAGUCAGCACUUGCCUCCGGAGCCCGGGUACUGGUAGGCAAGGUGCCUACAUUUGAAGGUACAGGACCCCCCGCGACCGACCCAGAAGCCAGCCACAUCGAGAAGAACUGCCGCAAUGGGGAGGAGAAUGGUGUUUGCGUCCUCACUGUUGGAAAUCACUUGAUUGCUUCAUCGAUUCUUAUUUCAUUGCAGAAGUGGCCGGGGAAUCGUAUGAUCGAGAAGGACAUUAUCAACACCAACAAGCAGGAUGAGGGAGCUGCUAUCCGCCUUCAUCAUUCAAACGUGCUGCUUGCAUGCACCACUGCUGCAGAUGGUGCUGCCGAACCCACUGUCCUUGAAGAGAUAUGGUACUUUGACUCAUACAAGUGUUCAAAGGAUGACGAGCACGGCCAUAUCUCUCCGGUCUCUCGAAUUUUCUUAUCACUUCAGACGUUCUGGUUCAUCGACGCCAGCUGUGAUGCUUUCAUUAAACUCCUGAUCACUCAUCGAGAACACUACCCUCACGUUCCCUUCCUCCCAUGGCAGCACGGUUUCCUCCCACUCGAAAAGCUCUUUGGAAUCGCACGGCAACUCAUGCCCAACUUCAGUUACGUUGAGUUUCUCAACAUUCUUCGCCAAAUCGAGAUACGCCAACAGUCGCUACUCCACCUGGCCCAAAACGGCGUGCACAAACACCGCGGGAAGAUGCAGGGAUAUGUACAUGACAUUACCCUCGAAAACCUCACAUCAGACGAUCUCAAGCGGUUUUGUGAAUGGCCCACGAAUGCCGAAAUCUGCGAGCUUGUAGAUAUGACCUGGGAAGAAGUGAUCGCACUUCUCACCGAUAUUGGGGGGAUGUCGCCGGACGCAUUGCCAUAUCUACACAAAAUCGGCACUGCUGUUCCUUUGCGAACCAGAGGUUCCACAUUGGUGGGACAGAAGCGACCGCAUGCCCUCACCGUUGACGAGGCCUCACCCAAGCAGUAUGCGCACGAUGUGCACCAACUUGCGCCCCUACCCGUUUCCAGUACUGAUUUCGAGAGCAAGGAAGAACAGCUACGCUCUCAAAAAACAAUAACACGACCUACCUUCGUCAAUCUCCUCAACAUUGCUUCUCCAUCUGGACGUUUGGGUGCGUCUCUGGAUCGCAGUCUCAUUGUAACCAGUGGAAAGGUUGACAUUGCUGCCGUGUUUGGGCUGCGCUCCCGACACGACCGCGUUUCUGGUACCCUCUCCGAGCAAACAAUCCAGCUUAAUCCAAGAUACGACUACUACACUCCAAAGUCUUUGGCGGCAACUAAUCUUCAGCUACACGAGGCAUCUGUUGGUAUAUCUGGGGAAGAUACGAUCAGUGGAGACGAAUAA